AUGGUUUUGCUCAAAAGGGUCUCUUUCUCUUAUGGUGUCUGGUGGAAAGGAACACUUCUCAGCUGGAGUUGGGAGCUGAUUUGUCAUGCAUCUCAACUUUUGAAUAAAAGUACUUGAUGAGCUUUGGAUUGGCAGCCUAGAAAAGAAAAAUGGGAACACCAGUAAAUAUCAUUGUAGGAUCUAAUGUCUGGGUUGAAGACCCGGAAUUGGCUUGGAUUGAUGGACAAGUGUCAAAGAUUAAUGGACAGGAAGCUGAGAUCGAGAAUACCAAUCGGAAGAAGAUUGUUGCCAAAUUAUCAAAAAUAUAUCCAAAAGAUAUGGAAGCUCCUGCUGGCGGAGUUGAUGACAUGACAAAGCUAUCUUAUCUGCAUGAGCCUGGAGUUCUGCAGAAUUUAAAAAUUAGAUACGAACUUAAUGAAAUCUAUACUUAUACUGGAAAUAUCCUUAUUGCCAUUAACCCAUUCCAAAGACUGCCCCAUCUCUAUGAUGGUCACAUGAUGCAACAAUACAAGGGAGCACCAUUUGGAGAACUAAGCCCUCAUGUUUUUGCAGUUGCAGAUGUUGCAUACAGGGCAAUGAUUAAUGAAGGAAAAAGCAAUUCAAUUCUGGUCAGUGGUGAAAGUGGGGCAGGUAAAACUGAGACCACAAAAAUGCUAAUGCGGUACCUUGCAUUUCUGGGUGGCCGGGCUGCAACCGAAGGACGUACAGUUGAACAGCAAGUUCUUGAAUCAAAUCCAGUUCUUGAAGCAUUUGGCAAUGCUAAAACUGUUAGAAAUAACAAUUCUAGUCGUUUUGGUAAAUUUGUUGAAAUCCAAUUUGAUAAGCAAGGAAGAAUAUCAGGAGCAGCCAUUAGAACUUACCUUCUGGAACGGUCUCGUGUUUGCCAAAUUUCUGAUCCUGAACGGAACUACCACUGCUUCUACCUUCUUUGUGCUGCACCACAGGAGGAAAUUGAGAAGUACAAGUUGGCAAAUCCUAAAUCAUUUCACUAUCUUAACCAGUCACGUUGCUACGAACUGGUUGGUGUAAGUGAUGCCCAUGAUUAUCUUGCCACAAGGAGAGCUAUGGAUGUUGUUGGAAUAAGCGCUAAGGAGCAGGAAGCAAUUUUUAGAGUAGUUGCCGCAAUUCUUCAUCUUGGAAAUAUUGAGUUUGCCAAGGGAAUGGAAGUUGAUUCGUCAGUUCCAAAAGAUGAUCCAGCCAAGUUCCAUCUCAAAAUGACUGCAGAGCUUCUCAUGUGUGAUGUUGAUGCAUUGGAAGACGCAUUAUGCAAGCGUGUCAUGAUCACACCAGAAGAAGUUAUCAAGAGAAGUCUUGAUCCUCAAAGUGCAGCCAUUAGCCGUGAUGGUUUAGCAAAGACAAUAUAUUCUCGAUUGUUUGACUGGUUGGUGGACAAAAUUAAUGUCUCAAUUGGACAAGAUGCUACCUCGAAAUCUCUGAUUGGGGUCCUUGACAUCUAUGGUUUUGAAAGUUUUAAGACCAAUAGUUUUGAGCAGUUCUGCAUUAACUUCACAAAUGAGAAAUUGCAGCAACAUUUCAAUCAGCACGUCUUCAAGAUGGAACAAGAAGAAUACACAAAAGAGCAGAUUAAUUGGAGCUACAUUGAAUUUGUCGAUAAUCAAGAUGUCCUGGAUCUUAUUGAAAAGAAACCUGGUGGUAUAGUUGCUCUCCUUGAUGAAGCUUGCAUGUUUCCAAAGUCAACCCAUGAAACAUUUGCAAAUAAGCUUUAUCAGACAUUCAAAACUCACAAGCGCUUUAUAAAGCCAAAACUUUCUCGCACAGAUUUUGCCAUCGCUCAUUAUGCUGGAGAGGUUCUAUAUCAGUCUGACCAAUUUUUGGACAAAAACAAGGACUAUGUGGUUCCUGAACAUCAAGACUUGUUGGGUGCUUCCAAAUGUUCUUUUGUGGCAGGCCUUUUCCCUCCACUUCCAGAAGAGACAGCCAAAUCUUCCAAGUUUUCUUCAAUUGGCUCUCGUUUUAAGCUGCAACUACAAUCAUUAAUGGAAACCCUAAACUCUACAGAGCCUCACUAUAUCAGAUGUGUGAAGCCAAACAACCUUCUAAAACCAGCCGUAUUUGAGAACGUCAACAUUAUGCAGCAACUGCGCUGUGGUGGUGUUUUAGAGGCAAUCAGAAUUAGCUGUGCUGGAUACCCUACUCGAAAACCCUUUUUCGAAUUCAUAAACCGAUUUGGACUUCUUGCACCAGAGGUCUUGGAAGGAAACUAUGAUGAAAAAGUUGCCUGCACAAAGAUUCUGGAAAAGAAGGGUCUUAAAGGGUUUCAGAUAGGUAAAACAAAGGUGUUCCUAAGGGCUGGUCAGAUGGCUGAGUUAGAUGCACGAAGAGCCGAAGUACUCAGUAUUGCAGCUAAAACUAUCCAGCGGCGUGUACGAACCCAUUAUGCUCGGAAACGGUUUAUUGCGCUGCGACAGGCAACCAUAGUUAUGCAAUCGAUAUGCAGAGGAAGUCUGGCUUGCAAAGUCUUUCACUGCAUGAAAAGAGAGGCAGCUGCUGUGAAAAUUCAGAAGAACACGCGCAAAUACCAAGCCAGAUCAACUUACAACAGACUCCAUAUCUCAGUUCUUGUCUUGCAAACAGGUUUAAGAGCAAUGGCUGCUCGUAAAGAAUUCAGAUUUAAAAGGCAAACUAAAGCAGCAACCAUCAUUCAGGCGGUUUGGCGUUGUCAUAAAGCUGUCAAAUACUUUAAGAAGCUCAAGAAGGGUUCAAUAGUCGCACAGUGCCGAAUGAGGGGAAAAAUUGCAAGGAAGGAACUUAGGAAGCUCAAAAUGGCUGCAAGGGAAACAGGAGCACUUAAAGAAGCAAAAGAUAAGCUGGAAAAACGAGUGGAGGAACUAACUUGGCGUCUACAGUUGGAAAAACGUUUAAGGACUGACCUAGAAGAAGCAAAAGCACAAGAGAUAACGAAAUUGCAGAAUUCAUUGCAAGAAAUGCAGAACAAAGUUGAUGAAACAAAUGCCUUGGUUGUCAAGGAACGAGAGUCUGCAAAGAAAGCUAUUCAAUAUGCGCCUCCUGUUGUUAAGGAAACCCAAGUUGUUGUUGAGGAUACUCAGAAAGUUGAUUCUCUAACUGCAGAAGUGGACAGUUUGAAGGCCUCUUUGGAGGCAGAGAAACAAAGAGCAGAUGACAAUGAAAGAAAAUACAAUGAAGCUCAAACAUCAGGUGAAGAACGACGCAAGAAAUUAGAAGAAACAGAGAAAAAAGUUAGUCAGCUCCAGGAAAAUUUGACCAGGCUAGAAGAGAAGCUUACCAAUUUAGAAUCAGAAAACCAAGUAUUACGCCAACAAGCUGUGUCCAUGGCGCCUAAUAAAUUCCUUUCUGGACGGUCCAGAUCAAUUAUUCAGAGGGCAGCUGAAAGUGGUCACAUUGGAGGGGAUGCAAAGACAACUAUGGAUCUGCAUAGUUCUUCAAUAAACCACAGGGAGUCAGAAUUGGAGGACAAGCCACAGAAAUCACUGAAUGAAAAACAGCAAGAGAAUCAGGAAUUGCUCAUUCGAUGUAUUGCACAACAUCUAGGCUUUGCAGCGAACAGGCCUAUUGCUGCCUGCAUCAUAUACAAAUGCCUUUUGCAGUGGAGAUCAUUUGAAGUUGAGCGGACUAGCAUUUUUGAUAGGAUUAUUCAGACCAUAGGGAAUGCCAUUGAGACCCAGGAUAACAAUGAUAUAUUGGCCUAUUGGUUAUCCAAUGCCUCAACACUUCUAUUACUACUCCAGCGCACACUGAAAGCCAGUGGUGCUGCUGGGAUGGCACCACAACGACGUCGAUCGUCAUCAGCUACCUUGUUCGGAAGGAUGACACAAAGUUUCCGUGGAACUCCACAAGGAGUGAAUCUUUCCUUAAUCAAUGGUGGAAUGAGUGGUGGAGUGGACAGUUUACGACAAGUUGAAGCCAAGUACCCAGCUUUGCUUUUCAAACAGCAACUCACGGCAUAUGUAGAAAAGAUUUAUGGGAUGAUUCGAGAUAAUUUGAAGAAAGAGAUUUCUCCGUUGCUUGGAUUGUGCAUCCAGGCACCAAGAACAUCCAGGGCAAGCUUGGUUAAAGGAUCAUCACGAUCAGUUGCCAACACUGAGGCCCAGAGAGCUUUGAUUGCUCACUGGCAAGGGAUUGUCAAGAGCCUCGGAAACUUCUUAAAUACUUUAAAAGCAAAUCAUGUACCUCCAUUUUUAGUUCGUAAGGUGUUCACACAGAUAUUCUCCUUCAUCAAUGUUCAGCUAUUCAACAGCCUUCUAUUAAGACGAGAGUGCUGUUCAUUUAGUAAUGGAGAGUAUGUUAAAGCUGGGUUGGCUGAACUGGAGCACUGGUGCUAUAAGGCAACAGAUGAGUAUGCAGGUUCAGCUUGGGAUGAACUCAAGCAUAUCAGGCAGGCUAUUGGUUUCCUGGUCAUACAUCAAAAACCAAAAAAGACGCUUGAUGAAAUAAGCCAUGACCUGUGCCCGGUCCUCAGUAUACAGCAGCUAUAUCGUAUCAGUACAAUGUACUGGGAUGACAAAUAUGGCACACAUAGUGUGUCCUCGGAUGUUAUAUCCAAUAUGAGAGUGUUGAUGACAGAAGAUUCCAACAAUGCUGUCAGUAAUUCUUUCCUGUUGGAUGACGAUUCCAGCAUUCCAUUUUCAGUUGAUGACAUAUCAAAAUCGAUGGAACAAAUAGACAUCUCCGACAUUGAACCACCGCCACUUAUUCGUGAGAACUCCGGCUUUAGUUUCUUGUUGCCACGUACAGAUUGAUUACUUUGCUGCUGAUGGAUGGAUGGAUGGAUGGAUAGAUGGUCUGUCUAUGAGAAUGAGCCUGUCUUUACUGUCAAGUGGUAGAUUCAACAUGCAACCUCUCCUAAUUCCCUCAUGGAUAUUAAUUAAUUACGGGGUUGUACAUUGUUCAUGAUCAUGCUUUGCCCCACAAAAUUUUUCUUUGAAUCUACAUUUAGAUACAUGAAUUGCAUCAAAUGGAAACGGGGAUGUUAAUGCUAUUGUUCCCCGCCAAUGCAAGUCGAAUGUUUUGUGUUAUGUUGUACAAGUAGCUGAUUUUAGGGAUGAAAUUAAAAGCUUAGAGCAUUUUUUUUUUU